GCCAUAGUCAACAUGAUCGUUUGUCGUGUCCAUUACAAGCGUCACGUUUUUUGAAGUUACUGCGUCUCUUUUGGUUUUCAGAAUUGCAUUUGUUUUUCAUUAUAUUUUUGUGGUCUUUUAGGUUUUGGCUUUUACAGCUAACAUGACUAAUUAUAAUAUUUUUGUGAAAAAUUAGGAGGAAAGCAUGAGGCUUUCAUUGUGUUGUGAAUUAGUUUGACUUCUGCGGGAGAACGUUAACAGCUUUAGAACCAAAAUGUUGCAGCAAAUUCUUCGGGACAUGUACAUAGAUCCAGAUCUUUUGGCUGAACUGAACGAUGAGCAGAAGCAGAUUCUUUUCUACAAGAUGAGGGAGGAACAGAUCAGGCGGUGGACAGAGUGGGAUAAAAAUCUGGACAAAGAAGAGUCCAAAAUGAAAAUUAAAGCCAAGUUUCAGCACAAUAAUUCCAAGCAUAUACAAUGGCAAAAUGGUUCAGAUGGAGAUGUGUGGGUUUGGAUUAUGGGAGAAGCCCCAAAUGAUAAGCCCUAUGAGCAGAUUUGUGAGGCUGUCAUGGCAGAAAGAGCAAGACAGCAAGCUCAAAAGGAGGCAGAAGAACAAUGGAAGCAGAAAGAAGCAGAAAUUGAAAAGAAAUUUCGAUAUGCCAUGGCCAAAGAGAAAGCACGAAUAGUAGCGGAAAAAUGGAAGGAGGAAAUAGAAGAUAGAAAAGCAGCAAAACUGAUGGAAAAUAAGUUUCAGGAAGAACUAAAGAAAAGAGAAGAAGAAGAGAGACGGAAAGGGGAGGAACAAAUCCGGCAGCGAGAAGAACUGCGUGCAAAGGAAUUAUACCUCAGUCUAAAGAAGGCUCAACAGCAAUGCCAAAGGAAUGAAAAUGAGGAAGAGGAGUGGCAAGAACAAUUACGGAAGUCCAAAGCAGCUGAUGAAGACCGCAAGCACAAGGCAAGGUGGGCCCGGGCUGAAUAUCACAGACAAUCCUUACGAGCCAUUCAGAAAGGCAAAGUGGCUGGGUUGAGCAAUCUGUUCCAAACUGUUAAUCUGAACAAUGGUCAAGAAUCCAGUCAGGAAAACAACAGCACAUCUCAGCUCAUUAAACCUCAAGUACCAGUUGGGAAAGUGUGGGAGCGACCAGCUCGACCAAUAUCAAGGGAUGUGAUUAUACGGUGGUUCAAAGAGGAACAGCUUCCUCGGAGAGCUGGAAUGGAAAAGAAUACUGAAGUUGUUGCUCAGUGGUUUCAUGGAAUUAUAAGUCGAGAAGAAGCAGAAGAAUUACUAAUGAACAAACCAGAGGGGUCCUUUCUUGUCCGAGUUAGUGAUAAGAUCUGGGGCUAUGCCCUGUCUUUCCGUCAGCAAACUGGUUUCAAGCAUUUUCUGGUGGAUGCGUCUGGCGAUUAUUACAGUUUCCUUGGUGUGGACCCCAACAGGCAUGCAACGCUCACAGACCUUAUUGACUUUCAUAAGGAAGAAGUCAUUACAAGUUCUGGUGGAGAACUUCUUGUGGAACCUUGUGGGCAGAACAAGAACACUUCUGACUAUAGAAUCUUAUUUGAAUAAGAAUUGAAAUGGUUACAUUUUAACAACAUGGGCGCUGUAUGGGAAUACAGACUGUACAUCAGUGAAUGACAAGUGGCACAAAGGGAAAAUAAAGAGUUCCACAGUUCUGCUAAUGACAAUGAAUGAUAUUCUGAACACACAGAAAAUGCUUAUUGCAAAUCCCUGAAUGAAAUACAGAUGCAGAGCUCUUUUUCAUUUGUACUUUAAUUAAGCUCUUUUAAUGGUACUGCAGAUUGGUUUUAGAAAUGAAUAUGAACAAAUAUUUAUAUUUAAAUCAAUUAGAUUCACCUUAGGGCUAUUAAAUUUAAGAAUGAAAAAGCAAAAAUGCCCCUCAGAGAAAUCUUGUAAUAUGAUAUUUUAUAUUACAAAUUCUUCCUUAGACAACCAUUGCAUAUGUAUGUUUGUUUACUAAUUAAGUUUGGCAAGUUUGUGAAAAAAAAAACA